CAGGUCCGGACCUUCAACGAGGCGCGGCUGAUGGUGCGGCGGCCGGCGCUGGAGAUCCUCGGCUACCUCAGGGGCGCCAACCUGGCCCACCCUGCUGUCAGAUACGUCAUCUCUCAUCUGUGGGUGAAGAACUGCAAGGAGCUUUUCCCGUCCUCCUACAAGAAGGGCCGGCUGGAUCAGCCCCUGCAGGCCUCGCUGUGGCUCAAGAACUUCAAAACCUCCAACGAGCGUUUUCUGGACGAGAUAAAAACGCAAAAAAAAUACAUUUGGGGCAAAAGAGAAAGCACAGAGGAGGGCAGGCCUUUGAGGGAAGUGGUGGAGCAGGUAAGGAGCAAACUCUGCUGCUGGCGUGGCCUCACCUUGGGGCACGAGAUCCUGGGUUUGUGGGAGAUUUCACCUAAAAAUCCUAAAAAUCUGAGUCCUGGGAAAUAGCUGGUGUCUCCCCAUGCACAAAAGAUGAUGUGGUGGAUCUGGAAAGAAAAUUGUACAGAGAAUUUGGAUAGAUGGCAAAGCUAGAGUUUGAAAUUUCCAUGUUUUGAUGCUCAGGCUGCUCUUGGGAGAGGCUGUUGAAUUUCAGUUUGUCUUCUCUUGGAGGAGCUGCCCAAAAAUCACCCCCGAGAAGAAAUCCUCUCCCUCUGAAUUAUUGUAAUUAUUUACAGCAGAUAACUGCCCCACAUGGUUUUAGCAGUGUUAAUUUUAAUUAACAGCAGCUAACUGCCCCACAUGGUUUUAACAGUGUUAAUUUAACAAUUAACAGCAGAUAACUGCCCCAACCUGGUUAUAACAGUGUUAAUUAUAAUUAACAGCAGAUAACUACCCCACCUGGUUUUUAAAGGGUUAAACAGUGUUAAUUUUAAUUAAUAGCAGCUAACUGCCCCACCUGGUUUUAACAGUGUUGAACAGUGUUAAUUGUAAUUAACAGGAGAUAACUGCCCCACAUGGUUUUAACAGUGUUAAUUUAACAAUUAACAGCAGCUAACUGCCCC